AUGAAUUUUGCAGAAAUUUGUGUUAAUACUCGUAUUGCAAAAGUUGGUGAUGAUUAUAUCUUAAAUUAUAAUUUAAAAAGUUUUUCGGAUGAUGCAUUAAUACACAAUGAUGACGGAAGUGUUUCAUUAAAGGAAAUAUCAGACAAUGAAAAUGAAGAUUAUAACGAACCAUUGGAAAAAAUAAAAUUUUUGUCUAUGCCAAUAACAAUUACAAAUCCAUUUGCCAAUUUAUAUGAAAAUCUUGAAUACUUGGUUAAUAAAUUUCAAAAAAAAAAUAAUUGA